AUGGUCCUUUUCGUACCUGACCUUACAAAUAGCCAGGUGAUUUUCAACACUCGAGUAGCCGAGGCGUUAGCGAAAGCUGGACAUGAUAUCACAAUGGUAAUGAUCACAGGCUUUUCUGACAGAGAUUCGAGUGAUGUGAAAAUCAUGAAGGAAGUCUCAGGUAGGCCGGUAUGGAAACUUUAA